CAACUCGAGAGACGUCACUCGUUCACGAUCUGGCGAACGGUGCGCUUUUAAGAUCAUCCCUCGCAUAGGGGAGGGAGGCGUCAGCGUUAUUAUCGUUUUCCACACGUCAUUGAUUUCGGCUGGAACUGUCGAGAUUCGAGCAACAGAUGAAUUUAUCCUUUGCCGACGAAUACCGAAGGGAUUUCUAUGAAGCAAAUAUCUGUCAUUUAUGAGAAGACUAUUAAUUGUUUUCGAAGUGAGGGAGAACGAUUAUUGUUGCGUGACUUAAAAGGGAACUGAGGGAAAAGUGAUUUAUUUUUAUGACAAACGGUGAUUAAGAUUCGUGAACGAUGGAUGUGUCGGAUAAGUAUUCGUUUUACGAGAACAUUAGCGACGAAUUGGAAUACUUGGAAAAAAUACGCGGUCCCAAAUAUUUAUCUUUAACGUUGGUCGUGCCUGUUACCCUUACGUACGUUAUCAUCUUCGUAACUGGAUUUGUUGGAAAUGUGAUCACUUGCAUCGUUAUAUGGAGGAAUCCGACCAUGCAGACACCGACGAAUUAUUACUUGUUCAAUUUGGCGGUAUCCGAUCUGCUGUUUUUAAUAUUGGGUUUACCCUUCGAAUUGAGCGUAUUUUGGCAACAAUAUCCAUGGCAAUGGGGGCUAGGCAUAUGUAAACUGAGAGCGUACGUCUCCGAAACGUCCUCUUACGUGUCGGUACUAACUAUAGUGGCAUUCUCAGUAGAAAGAUAUUUGGCAAUUUAUCAUCCUCUUCGUCAUUAUGGAAGUGGUCUGAAGCGUUCUAUACGAUCUAUAUUUGGUGCAUGGUUGAUAUCUUUGAUUUUUGCUAUGCCAUUCGCUGCUUACAUUGAUAUAGAUUACGUUGAGUACCCACAAAACUCGAAACGAAACUCGGAAGAAUCCGCGAUUUGCGCGAUGCUGAAGGAAAACAUGCCAAAUUUUCCUCUUUACCAGCUUAGCUGUAUCUUCUUCUUUCUCAUACCCAUGGUGUUUAUCGCGGUGCUUUACGUGAGGAUAGGGUUACGAAUACAAAGUGAUACCCUCGCGCAAAACGUCGAGGGAUACGUUCAUGGUGAAACCAAACAAGCCCAGUCACGGAAAACCAUCACACGGAUGCUGAGUAAAUGUUCUAUUUUAAAUAAACAUCAUCCCGUCCUUUGUUCCUACGAAAUGUUAAUACGCCCCUCGUAAAUACGUUAAUCAACUUCGUAUACCUUUGUCGCGCGUGUAAAUAUAUAGAACGAACUGAUUUACCUAUGAAGACAGCCAUUAUUCCGUAUAGAUGAUAUCCUAUCAAGGAACGUGUUCAGAGAUUGAUGAGGAAGCCGACGUGGAUGUCAAAGUUUCUCGACAACGCGAGAUCAUCAUAGCACGAGACAAUUUUCACCUUGUCGAUAACACGUUACAAAGGUCGAAAGUACUAACAUUCUUGCGAGUUGUAACUUGCGAGUUGAAAAUUUCAUUACCUCGUUUAUUUACCCUCUUCCUGAUCUUUCUAUUUAAUUCGUUUGAAGGAGAAGAACAUGAUAAGACAUAUUUCUCAUUUCUUUCUUCUUUUUUUUACAGAGGAACAGUUUUAUAGACUUUCGAUGAAUCCCAUGUUAUCGAAAUUGCUUUUUAACUAGCUUUAGAGUUAAACGUGUGUUUUUCUAUCCACUUAAAAAUUUUCAAAAUAUUUCUCGUCAUCAUAUUAAAACGUUGAAGAUAGUAAAAUAUAUGCAUUUAACUUGCACGAGCUUCCGUUAGCUUAUCAGCUAGUUUUAAUAGAGUUUAAUAUUUGUUUAAUAGAUUUGAAUAGUUUUAAUCUCUAAACCUAACAGGUUGUUUUCGCUCUUGAUUCCAUUAUAUUACAAUUCUUUCGCUCGUUCAUAAAGCGACAUUAAAAUUAGGGAACCAACAGGAAUGCACUUAGAUUUUUGGCCGGUGAUUUUCGUUCAUAAACAUUGCUACAUCUUUCGCGGUUCGUUGUAAGGUAUUAAUAUUUAUUUAUAGUUAUUAUAUUGGGAAGAGGAAAAGAGAAGGAGAAAGAGGUAUCAGGUAGUAUCAGUAAACAUCAAGGUGGAUAGAAAUCGUGCUUCGACUUGGUUCUACAGGUGCCGUAGUGAUCACAUUUUUCAUCUGUUGGGCGCCAUUUCACAUUCAACGAUUACUAUACGUGUACGAAGAUUCGACGUAUGAUGACAUAAACCA